AUGUUGGAAUUAACAGUCCCUUGGGAAGAAAAUAUGGACGAAGCCCACAAAAGGAAGUUUGGGAAAUAUUUACUGAUUGUAGAGGAAUCAUUAUCUAUCUAUCUAUCUAUAUCUAUCUAUCUAUCUAUCUAUCUAUAUAUAUUUCUUCUUCCUUAUUUCUACUUCCCUUUCCUCUGCUUCUUUCUUAUUCACUUCAUUCUUUUCCUUUCUUUUUCAUUUAUUUCUCUGUCCAAUUAUUCCUCCUUUUUUCCCCCUCCUCAUUUUUUUUUUAUCUUUCGAUCUCUUUCCUUAUUUCUUAUUGCUUUAUUUGGAUUUUUUUUUCUCCUAUUUAUUUCUCUUUUAUUCUCUUCAUUCACUUUCCUUCACCUCCAAAUAUCUAUCUAUCUAUCACUCUGUCUAUUCACUCUGAUAAUAUCUAUCUUUAUAUUUACUCUGUUAAUAUCUAUCUAUCUAUCUAUCUAUCUAUCUGUCUAUCUAUGUAUUCACUCUGUUAAUAUCUAUCUAUCUUUUCACUCUGCUAAUAUCUAUCUAUCUUUUCACUCUGUUAAUAUCUAUCUAUCUUUUCACUCUGUUAAUAUCUAUCUCUUCAUCUUUUAA